UUCACCUCUGUUUCAUUCCUGUGCUGUUGUCUGUUUCAGGAAAGUUGACUCCGCCCAAUGUCUUCAAUCCCACAGCACCAGCCCUCCCACACCUGCACCCUCAUUGGUUCUAUCUGGUCACAGCAAGUCUGAGGUGGAAAGAGCUGGUCCGGAGGCCCUCCUGUUUACACUAGCUGAGAACGACCUGUGCUACUCUUGGGCAGUGUGAGAACCCACAAGCUGUCUGGCUUCCCACAGUGCAUUCUUUUCCCAAGACUCUCCGGGGAACCUUUUGUGUCCCACCUCGAUGAUUUCCUUCAUCCUGGACAUUCUCCUCUUUGGAAGCCCAAGCCUGCCUUAGGCAACCCGCUGAGGUCCAGAAACAUUGUUAGUCGGCUACUGCUUACUCCCUUCUGACGAUGGAGCACCACAAACCUACGCAGCCAAACUCUGAGGAAGCCCGGCCGGCAGAGGCAGAUAGCCCUGAAAAUCGUGAGGUCUUGUCAGAACCAGAGGACAAGGAUGGGGGUGAUGCGAACGGGGUGGCUGGAGAGCAGGAACCAACAGAUCAAGCUUCACUGUCUGCCCAGGGCCAGGAGAACCUAGAGUCCCCUCCACCUGAAGCCAGCUCCAGCCAAGGGGAGACAGCGUGUGGGGCUCAGGCUGAAGCUGAGACAGGGGGGGCAAGCCCUGGGCCCCAGGAGCUUCCCCAGUCUCCCAGGGCCCGACAACCUGAACUAGAUUUCUACUGUGUGAAGUGGAUCCCUUGGAAGGAGGAGCGGACACCCAUCAUCACCCAGAGCGCAAAUGGCCCUUGCCCUCUCCUUGCCAUCAUGAACAUCCUGUUUCUGCAGUGGAAGGUGAAGCUGCCCCCUCAGAAGGAAGUGAUCACAUCAGCUGAGCUCAUGGCCCAUCUGGGAGACUGCCUCCUGUCCAUCAAGCCCCAGGAGAAAUCAGAGGGACUUCAACUCAAUUUUCAGCAGAAUGUAGAUGAUGCAAUGACAGUGCUGCCUAAACUGGCUACCGGUCUGGAUGUCAAUGUGCGUUUCACGGGCGUCUCUGAUUUUGAGUACACACCCGAGUGCAGUGUCUUCGACCUGCUCGGCAUCCCUCUGUACCAUGGCUGGCUCGUUGACCCACAGAGUCCUGAGGCUGUGAGCGCAGUGGGGAAACUGAGUUACAACCAGCUGGUAGAAAAGAUCAUCACUUGCAAGCACUCCAGUGACACCAACCUUGUGACAGAAGGCCUGAUCGCAGAGCAGUUCCUGGAGACCACCGCGGCACAGCUGACCUACCACGGGCUGUGUGAGCUCACGGCAACUGCCAAGGAGGGAGAGCUUAGCGUCUUCUUCCGGAACAACCACUUCAGCACCAUGACUAAGCACAAGAGCCACCUCUACCUCCUGGUCACCGACCAGGGCUUUCUCCAGGAGGAGCAAGUAGUGUGGGAGAGCCUGCACAACGUGGACGGAGACAGCUGCUUUUGUGACUCCGACUUCCAUCUAAGUCAUUCGCUGGUCAAGGGGCCUGCAGUGGCAGUGGGGAGUGACUCCCCAGAGAAGCAGCGGCAGGUAGACCAGGACUACCUGAUCGCCUUAUCCCUGCAGCAACAGCAGCAGCCACAGGGCACCUUGGGCCUUAGCGACUUGGAGCUGGCCCAGCAGCUUCAGGAAGAGGAAUAUCAGCAACAGCAGCAGCAGCAGCAGCAGCAGGCGGGCCAGCCGGCACAGGUGCGCACCCCAUCGCCACAGGUAACUGGUGGGAUCCACCCCAGGGGAGAGGAGCCACGGCUGGACGCCCAGCCCCAGAGCGGCGGCCCAGGACGAAGCAGGAGUCAGACUGCGUUCUCCUCUAGUCCGGCGGCGGCGGCUGCUGGCACCAGGUCCACCUGCCCCUUCUCUCAGAAGCUUCUCACCGGCCCUACUGCUUGCUCGUCCACCUCGCUCCCCCAUAGGCGGGGUAUUUAUUUAUGGACUAGAGCAGGCAGGCUCGGUCAAGCCCUUGCCCUCACGUGCUGCGGCCUUCUCUCCCGCCCCCCACCACGCAGGGCAACACGGGUUGGUGGGGUGAGGAUUUCUGCUCCCCAACCCCCUUGCCCCAGAAUAGUCACACUACUAUGCAGACUCAGACGCCAGGGUCAGGCCCCUGGGUAGGCUGGCCGGCCCUCCCCGCCCCUGGCUAGCGGGGCUGUGGGUUUCAGGUCUGAUGUCGAUUUCUAGCUCCAUUCUUUGUAAGGUCUUCCUCCGGGUUUGGAAAUAAAACUGCUUUCCUGAGA